UACUCGUCAGUAAGGACGCUGUAGUUCUCCAUUGAUCGCAGCUGUACGUAUUUUAAAAGCAGAAUUAGUCGGUUAGUUUCAUAUUUUUCGUGUCAUUCGUGAGCCAAUGCAAUAUACUGCAAAUAAAAACGAGGCUAUAAAUGUUAUGUGAUUAUGUGAUAAUUAUUUAAUAAGAAAAGGUGUGGAUGCGGAUGAAAAAUGAAAACUAAUAAAUCUGUGUCUGGUAAGAAGGCUAACAGCAAGUCAAGACUAAAAGAUAAAAAAGCGGACGUUAGCUUCGGCGUCCAGGCUCAGAAAUUGGCUGCCCUGCGAGACUUGGAGUAUGCACUGGAUAAUAAAGAAAGUCAUGACCCUAGCUUGUUGCGUCUCGCCCACAGAGUCGCGAAAAUGCCAGAUUUACCAACGAGUAUAUUGAUGCGUUUGCUGAUUCUUGGCGUGACAGUAGGAAAGAAACUUCUUGUACGGCUGGUUCUCAACAGUCAGAAGAUCAAUCUCAAUACACCCGAGGGAGUUGAAUUGUUAUGGACAUCUGUAGACAAUGGCCAAAUCGAAAUCACUAGCAUGUUGGUAUCUUCAGGAGUUGACACGAACGUGUGCAGAGUCAACAGUAAUCGCACUCUUCUUCACGAAAUCGUGAGAAACUUCGACAAGGUCGACAAUAAGAAGAAGAUAAAACUCGUUAAGUUAGUGUUGAAGAAAGGUGCCGCCGCCAAUGUUCGAGACAGUCAAGGUCGCAGCGCGCUCAGCGAUGCGAUCAUGCUUUAUCAUUGUCCAACUGAAGUGGUAGAAAUCCUUUUACAGUACGGUGCGGAAUUAACGACUGAUUACGUGAGGUUGAAUGACAUUUUCUCAGCUUCGAGAAUAAAGCCGCACAUAUUACCAAUGUUGGUCGCUUUACCAGAGCUGGACGAGAAGGCACGGAACAAAAGAGGAUUCAUGGCUAUUGAUGGUCUUAUCUCUAGUAAUUACCCUGGUGCACACAAGAUAAUCAAGAAGAUAUUAGAUUUAGGUGUGAACGUUAACUCCAUCGAACCAUUUUACAGUGAAGACGCUGGAAGAAGACCGAGUUCACUUUUAAUGGCGGCGCUAGCAUGGAAUAGGAAACACAUGGUGAAGCUGUUACUGGAUUACGGCGCAAAUGCAGAGCAACCCGACAGCUUUGGUAUCACUCCGCUCUUCCGAGCUACUAGUGCUGUCGACUGCUCGCGUGUUUGUAGGUGGCUGAUUCAAAAAGGUGCCAACCUUCGCGCUGCUAAUGACAACGGGUUCGGUUGGACUCCACUUCACGGGGCGUGUAUUCAUAGGUCGAUAAAGAGUGCGCACUUGCUUCUGAAUCUUGGUGUCGACAUAAAUAUUUUGGACUACGGAGGUUUCACGCCAUUCCACUAUACCAGAGACAAUACCCAGAAGAUUCAAUAUCUGUUUAUGAAACAUUUCGCUUUGAUAAUUGCCAAAGGAGGACAAGUCAGCGAUAGCGAUAUGGACAAGAUUAAUAGUUCAAGGUUUUUGCAACGUUAUUUCCAAAAGUGCACCUUAGAGUUAAUACAAAUGAAAACUGAAUACAUUUUCAAUAACAUUUCCUAUUUUGCUCUAUUCAGUAAAAGUAUAUACAGCCUUCUGCGAUUGAUGGGAAAUCCUGUUUUCUCUAGUAAUUUUAAACGAAGUUCACGAAGGCGAAAAACUUUAUUUCCGAAAUAUGCCUACAUGCUCUUAGAUUCUUUUGAAAUUGCUAAGAACAGAUACAAAGUAUUUUUAGCAGAACUGAACCGUAUUCAAAAUACUUUUAUUGGAAUAUUUCCUAAUCUCGUAAUUGAAAAUAUAGCAUGGUUCUCUUGCAAAGAACAAUUGGAGCGUUGCCGAUACCAUUAUUACAUGUCUCUUCACGCGAAAGUGCAAAAUACCAGGGCUGACUUAGCGACCAUUUCAUAAACGUAUUACUACGUGAUUGGGGGAAGAAACUUUUGAACUUUCCAUUCGAAUGACGUACUUUUUUGUUUUAUUCCAAUCUUUUUAUUUUUUAAUAAUUUUGAAGUUUGAUGUCUCUGUAAAAAUCAAUUUUUAGUUAUUGUUUUAUGAGUACGAUUGUCGUAUUUGUUAUUGUAUAAAUGUGUAGUUUGAAAUUAGUAUAUGAAAAUAUACUAUAGUCUGAUGUUAGUGUACUAUAUACUAUUUGUACGUUAUUGGUUUAAAUGAUAUUUAUAACAUUUCUUGUUGUUUCGUAAUAUAUUUACGAAAUUAAUUACUUAGUUGCUGUGUGGUGUGUUUUUUACCUGUAAGUAUUAAUAUGCACUUACAUUACAACUAUGAAAUGAAUUUCAGCUAGUUUCUAAUAAAAAUCUCACUAGAAUAAAUCAUUAGUACAGUAAAAUUAUUGUAUUGUAUUCUUACAUAAAAUAUGAGCCUUAUUAUCAAAGAAUACCCCAUACGAGCUUGUAAAAUAAUUAGCAAUGUAUCGACACGAUAAAGCAACA